CACCUUACAUAAAUGUUCCUCUACCACAACCCACCAAAAGAAUUAGAGAGAAAAAAGAGCAAAAAUAAAUAAAUAAAGUAGUGGGUAUUGUUGCUCAUUUCUGAGCAUAACCAAAUUACUGCAUUCUUCAGGCAGAGAAGAUUCAUCACAGCUAGAAAUGGGGGAAGAGAAGAAAGAGGAAGAAAAGAAAGAAGAAGUGAAAGCAGAAGAAGAGAAGAAAGGGGAAGAAGGGAAGAAAGAAGAAAAGAAAGAAGAAGAAGUGCCUCCUGAGAUUGUACUCAAAGUUGAUAUGCAUUGUGAAGCUUGUGCUAGAAAAGUUGCAAGAGCCUUGAAAGGAUUUGAAGGGAUAGAGGAUGUAAGCACAGAUAGCAAAGCCAGUAAGGUGGUGGUGAAAGGGAAAACAGCAGACCCACAAAAGGUAUGUGAGAGACUUCAAAAGAAAAGUGGAAGGAAAGUUGAGUUAAUUUCACCUUUGCCUAAACCACCAGAAGAACACAAAGAAGAAGAGAAGAAAGAAGAACCAAAAGAGGAGAAGAAAGAAGAGCCUCCUGCUGUGGUAACAGUUGUACUGAACGUACGUAUGCAUUGCGAAGCAUGUGCUCAAGUUUUACAAAAGCGAGUUCGGAAGAUCAAAGGUGUGGAAUCAGUGGAGACAGAUGUAGCUAACAGUCAAGUAAUAGUGAAAGGUGUGGUGGAUCCGACGAAGCUUGUAGAUGAUGUUUACAAGAAGACAAGAAAGCAAGCAUCCAUAGUGAAAGAUGAAGAAAAGAAAGAAGAAGCAGCAGCAGCUGAGAAGAAAGAGGAGGAAAAGAAGGAAGAAGAAGGAGAAAAGAAAGCUGGAGAAGAAGAGGCUGAGAAGGGAGAAGAUGAUAAGAAGGGUACUGUUGACAUGAUCAAAAGAAGUGAAUAUUGGCCAUCUAAGUUCUACUUGGAGUAUGCUUAUGCACCUGAAAUGUUCAGCGAUGAGAACCCUAAUGCUUGCUCUGUUAUGUGAAGACUAGUUCAUCAUCAACUUUAGAUAUAUAUAUAUAUAUGUAGCUAGCUAGCUAAGCUACUUGUGCAAUUUUUCUAUAUGUAACUAUUAUAAUUAGUAUAUGCUAAUAAGACAUUGGCAUGACCAGCACAAUCCUUAAUUACUGACAUUAAUCAAGUGAUGUAUUUGCUCUUCGAAAUACUCAAAAAGGGUUUGUCUAAUUAACGAAUCUCUUGAGGAAA